UGUUUAUUUGGCAUUCCAGGAAGUCACAGUAGGCUCUCCUGGUGUGCCUUCAUCUCUAUCAUUUCGGCAAACUGCUUCACAAAAUUCCACUUCAAAAUCCCAACGAAAUGGCAGAAAAGCAUCCAGCGAGUGGGCCAGAGGGAUCCUCGGUAUCCUCGCGCAUCACGCUCUUCAACCAGCAUGCGGAGCAGCACCAAAACUGGAUGAUGAUUAAUCCCUUCGCCCACUACAACGUCAGCGAGAUGCCCAAGCGCAGUUUCGGCCAAGAGGAGUACGGCCGGGCUCCGGCCGGCAGUCGCUCGGAGCAGAGGGCCCUGGCGGCCAAUGUCCGGGCCCUGCAGGAGAUCCUGCAGCUAUGCGAACAGAUCGAAAAGUCGGGCCAGGAGGAUACCGAGAGGCAUGGGGGCAAGACCGUGGCCUUCGGCGCCCUCUUCGACAUCUACAAUGACAUCUCGGACAAGUUGCUGGCCACUCUGCUGGGCGCCAGGAAGUACGGAUUUGUCGACUUUAGCGGUGAGACCUUGUUCCAAGGACGCGAUGAGACCGUGCCCGUGCGGCUGGUUCGCCCUUUCCAGGAAUUGAAAAUGGAAAUCCUGGCCAAGGUCGAGGACAUACGCUGCAUUUAUGUAGAGAAGACAAACGUAGAGCCGACUACACUGCGCCAGGAGUAGGUCACACCAAAAAGGGAAUCAAGUAAAUUGAAUUAAAAUCAGCCUGAAGGCUUUACUCACCUUUCCAAUCCCACCCCAGAAUCCAAAUGGGAAACCUACGAAUCCCGUCACGUAUACGACACGAGGCCUCGGCCUAAGCUCCUGGCAGGCCUCAUUCCCUCACACCCUCCGAGAUUGUAUCACCUUCAGGAAAUAAACAAAUUACAGGAGACUUCAAA